AUGUACCAGUUCCUCUCAGCAAUCGGCCGCAAGCUGUGUGUGGUGAAUCUAGAUCCAGCAAAUGACCGGGCUCCCUACCCUUGUGCUUUGGACAUCAGGGACUAUAUCAGCUUGGAGGAGAUUAUGGAUGAGCUCAACCUUGGACCAAACGGGGGUUUGAUGUACGCAAUGGAGCUGCUCAUUGUCGAGGGCUUGGAAGUGUUUGUUUCGAAAAUCAGCGAGCUCGUUGAAGAUCGCAACUAUAUACUUUUCGACUGCCCAGGGCAGACGGAAUUGUUCACCCACCACAACUCGCUAUUCAAAGUGUUCAAGGCGCUAGCAAAGGAAGUCAACAUGCGAUUGUGCGUCGUAUCGCUUGUUGACUCGAUCUACUUGACGAGCCCGUCGCAGUACAUAUCGAUACUAUUGCUUAGUUUGCAGUCCAUGUUGCAACUAAAUCUUCCGCAAGUCAACGUCAUUAGCAAAAUAGACAUGUUGAAGAAUUACGGCAAACUACCGUUUAGAUUGGAAUACUACACUGAGGUGCAGGACCUUCAGUAUCUAAUUCCGCACUUGAUCAAGGAAUCAAACUCCGUUCUAGGCCAGAACCAUGUGCGGCUCACCGAGAUGAUUGCCGAGCUAGUCGAGGAAUUCCAUCUUGUGUCGUUUGAAGUGCUCUCGGUGGAAAAUAAACGCAGCAUGAUACGUCUUUUGAGCGUCAUCGAUAAAGCGAGCGGCUAUAGCUUUGGCAGCGAAGUAGGUGGUGAUACAAUCUGGAGUGAGGCUGUACGGCAGGGCAACUCGGGCGGGUUUCAAGAAGUAGACAUCCACGAGAGGUGGAUCGAUGAAAAAGAGAAAUAUGACGAAGAAGAGCGGAAAAACGACUUGGCGAUGCAGGGAGAAGUCGAGGGUCAAGACGAAGCAACAGUUCUGCCCAUGAACGAAGAUGAAGAAUGGGAACGUGAUUUGAAACAGUGGGAAAAGGAACAUGGGAGUCAAAGAGCACCGCUAGAGUAA